CAUUAUCGACUGUUCCCACUGAUAUGUUGUUCUUAAAAAGUAAAGUUUCGGCUGCCAGGUUAUUUUGUGAUCGCAAGCGGUUAAAAACGAUGGUGGAAACAACUUUAACGACGAAAGUAAUUAAAAGGGAAGAUUAUGAACGUGUGCUUGAAUUUCUUUUCAAAUAUUACUAUCCAGAAGAACCAUUGACUAUAGGAACUGAACCCAAGGAGCCGGAUCCAAAUGACAUUAAGUUCAAUAUGGGAAAUAUUAAACAUGGUGCUUGCUUUAUGGCUUUAGCCAACGAAGGUAAGAAAGAGGAAAAAGUAGCUGGAGUAGUAUUGGCUGGGCCAAAAGGUGCAACUGAGUAUGAACAUUUAUGUGAAGAAGCAGAGAAGGUGGAGGGCACCAAGUGGGGUACAAUAAUAAAAUUUCUCGCUAAAAUAGAAUACGAUGCCAACGUGUUUGAGAAAUAUGAUAUAACGGAAGCGUAUCACGCCCAUGUUUUAGCUGUCGAACCCACAUAUCGUGGUAAAUCUCAUGGUUCCAUGCUAUUGACUAAACUAAGAGAUCAUCUUUCUAGUCUUGGUUGUAAACUGUUGACUGCCGACUGCACUUCAGUAUAUUCUGCGCGUAUAUGUGAACGUUUGCAUAUGAAAUGUGAAAACAUUCAAUAUUAUGCCGACUAUAAGGAUGAAAAAGGAGAACAAAUAUUUAAGCCACCAGCGCCACAUGAUUGCGUUAAAACUUAUUCGUUAUUUUUGGAAUGAGAGUUGUAACGCUUCUUCAUGCUCCGCUUUCAAGGCAGUUUUUUAAAAAAUUAUUUUUAAUUUUAAGUUAGUUUAAAUAAAUUGUAUAUAAAUGUACA